GUUGUACCCCACCAGUGACUCAGAACCCUGACGAACACGUACGGGCUCGGACGCAUUCUCGGCACUCCGAGAAAAGCGAGCGCACAUUCGAGAGUUGGAGAGUUUGAUCGAAACUUGGCACCGCCAGGAUCUCCCUGGAGCUCGGUCGGCUCGUCGAUCCGGGUGAUUUCGGUUGUCCCACGUUCUGUGAGCAGUGAUACGCCGAAAAGUGUGAUCAUGUCGCCGCACACGAGUUACACGCCCGUCAGCGGCAUGGAAUACGAGGAGCCGGUGUCGCGCACCUAUCAGUACCGCAAGGUGAUGAAGCCGAUGCUGGAGCGGAAACGGCGCGCCCGCAUCAAUCGCUGCCUGGACGAGCUCAAGGACCUGAUGGUGACGGCCUUGCAGGCCGAGGGCGAGAACGUGGCGAAGCUGGAGAAGGCGGACAUCCUCGAGCUGACGGUACGUCAUCUUCACACGCUGCGCGCCGCCAGGAGGCUCACGCUCACCCCGGAGAACAGCUACGCCGAUCGAUUCCGCGACGGCUUCACCCAGUGCGCCCAGGAAGUGUCGACCUUCCUGUCGACGCCGGUCGCGGCGGCGGUGCAUCCCGCCGCCGGCGCCCAGCUUAUGCGACACCUCGGGGGUUGCCUUCGGCGACUCGAGGGCCCGGCCGGCGCCAAACACGCGCUGGCAACCGCGGCGGCUUCGGCGACGAAGACGACCCAGGCCAGCCAGACCAGCGUGCCCCAGAACGUGUACACUCCUCCUCAGAGUCCUGUCAGUGUCGCGAGCUCCUCCGGGGAAUCCUCCGAGUCGUCCAACGCGGUCUGGAGACCCUGGUGAUGCGAUCAGCGAGGAUGGGAGUAUCCUGAGGCAUCCGGGGACGGCUUCUGUUGCCGCGAGGAGGAAAAUGACUGUCUUCCAAACAUUGACAUUUAUUGUAAAGACUCAUUGAAAAUGUCGAGAACUUUAUAUUAACUUCGUAAUGGGGUUUAAUCUAUCGCAUUGUACAUAGGUAAUGCAGCUUUAAGUGACGUCUGUGAUAGGGUUCCAUUUUGUACCUGAGAUGACUAUUUUCUCUAAAGAGCAUAGCGAUUAUUGUAUAGAUGUUAACUUGUUAUGUUUAAGAAUUUCUUCUCGACGUAAUGCCGUUUGGCAUCCUGUUGCAGCCGAUCAUCAAUAAACGUCUUGUUUCAAUGAUAAA